ACCAUCCCACAAAAACCUAAUUUCCUAAAGAGAUCUUUAGGGGUUAAUUAUUUUCCCAGAAAUGGCUUCCAAGCAAAAGACAUCAAUUGCACUAUUCCUUGCCCUAAACAUUCUCUUCUUCACCCUUUCGAGUGCGUGUGGAACGUGCCCCGGUCCGAACCCUAAGCCCAAACCUAAGCCAAAGCCGAAGCCAACUCCAAGCCCUAGCAAGGGUAGCUGCCCUAGAGAUACCCUAAAACUAGGUGUGUGUGCUAAGUUGCUCGAUGGAUUACUUGGUGUGACCGUGGGUACUCCUCCAAAGCAGCCAUGCUGCAGCCUCAUCGAGGGUUUGGCUGACUUGGAGGCCGCGGUUUGCCUUUGCACCGCGAUCAAAGCCAAUGUUCUUGGGAUCAACCUGAAUAAUGUGCCUGUUUCCCUUAGCUUGCUUCUCAAUGUUUGCUCUAAGAAAGUUCCUAAAGGUUUUGUUUGCGCCUAAUUUGUAUUCAUUUGCUACUAGUCUUUGCACUUCUUUUGCAUGAACACUUUCCUUUACUAAUUUCUUUUGGCUAAUAAUGUUUUUUUGGAUCAUGGCAUCUCUGCCAUGUGAGUUUUGGAAUGGUGUAAUAUGUUGGGAAAAUGUUAUUAAUUACAUGUACCUAACUAAGCAAGUUAAUUUA